AUGAAUCUACCAGGGUAUCCAGCUCCAACCUCACCACUAGCACCUUCAUUAAGUCCGAUUAUCGGCGGUGUUCCUGUUUAUUCAACUCCAUCACCGUAUCCACCAUUUAUUCCUAACUACCCUUAUCAACUAAAAGGUAGUGGUUAUUCAAAGCCUUCACUCUACGAAACUAUACCUCCCUCAACAUCAUACUAUCCUGGGCCACCAUUGCCGUUCCACUUAAAGAGUUUUCCUUAUGCAGAUAAAUAUGCUGUUUCUCCUACAGGGGGUGUGCCGAAAAGUGCUGACGAAUCUGAAUCCUACCUCACUGCGCCUCUGCUUACGCCGUUUCCCUUCUUCCCAUGUGUGACUUCGGAUCCUCCUCUACCGGUUGAUCAACAGCUGAACAACUGUGACGGCGUGAAAUGGUCAAAAUGCUGCCGCAUGUGUUGCAUGUAA